AUACUGACCAUUUGAUAAUUGGACCAAUUGCGACUAGAGAUUGGACAAACAAUCGCCCUCUGAAGUUCCUUCCGUUUCCAAUUCGCAGCCAUGCCUACUGUUAGCGUCGGCAGAGAUCGCCUCUUCCAAGCCCUAGGCCGCGAGUACACUCAAGAAGAGUUUGACGAUUUAUGUUUCAAUUUUGGCAUUGAGCUUGAUGAUGUUAUGACAGAAAAAGCCAUAAUCCGGAAAGAGAAGCUCUUGGAAGAUGAAAAUCCAUCUGAGGAUGAGGAAUGGAUAUGCAAGAUUGAAGUUCCGGCUAACAGAUAUGAUUUGCUUUGUCUUGAGGGUCUUGCACAAGCCCUCCGCAUUUUUAAUGGGAUUGAUCCAAUACCUACCUAUAGUGCGGCAAACAUCAGUAAAGAAUCUAUGCACAAAAUGCAUGUAAAACCAGAGACGUUGAAGAUUCGUCCAUAUGUUGUGUGUGCUAUUUUAAAAGGUGUUUCAUUUGAUGAAGCUCGAUAUAAUAGCUUUAUUGAUCUUCAAGACAGACUUCAUCAGAAUAUCUGCCGGCGAAGAACCUUGGUAGCGAUAGGAACACAUGACCUGGAUACAAUAGAAGGCCCUUUCACGUACGAGGCUUUGACACCUCCAGAAAUAAACUUUGUUCCUCUGAAGCAGAUGAAAAAACAAAGAGCUUCAGAGCUUAUGGAAUUUUACAAAUCGGAUCUGAAACUGAAAAAAUUCUUGCAUAUAAUUGAGGAUUCACCAGUGUUCCCAGUCAUAUAUGACAGCAACAGAACUGUUUUGUCUUUGCCUCCAAUUAUUAAUGGCGCACAUUCUGCCAUUACAUUGAAGACAAAGAAUGUUUUCAUUGAAUGCACAGCAACGGAUUUGACAAAAGCCAAAAUUGUAUUGAACACAAUGGUAACCAUGUUUUCAGUGUAUUGUGAAAGAAAAUUUGAGGUUGAGCCAGUAGAAGUAACAUACUCUGAUGGAAAAUCGUUCAUAUACCCAGAUCUAUCACUUUACCAAAUGGUUGUGCCUUUAUCAUACAUUACCAGUAUAGUUGGAGUCUCCUUGCCAGCAAGCAUGGUGGCCAGCUUGUUGAACAAAAUGCAAUUACAUGCUGAGCACUCUGUAUCAGAAGACAAGCAAACAAGUUUUAUUGUUUCUGUUCCUCCCACAAGAAGUGAUAUUCUUCAUCCAUGUGAUGUGGCUGAGGAUGUUGCAAUUGCUUUUGGUUACAAUGAAAUUCCCAAGGCAAAACUGGCAUCUCUGCAACCACAAUCUUUGAAUCAGCUCAGUGAGCUUAUUCGAAUGGAGAUCGCGAUGCUUGGUUACACAGAAGUAUUAACGUGGAUAUUGUGCUCAUAUAAAGAAAAUUUCACCAUGCUCAACCGUAAAGACAACAAGGCAACAGCAGCAAUCAAUGGAAAUCCACGUUCUGCUGAAUUUGAGGUUGUCCGUACCAGUCUUAUGCCUGGCAUAUUGAAAACCAUUGGGCAUAAUAAAGACCACCCAAAACCAAUAAAGGUAAUGAGAAUAUUUAAUGUGAUCUUCCUUGUAUUUAUGUUUAGCAGACUUAUUUGCCUCAUCAUUAAAGAAUUUUAGGAUCCACCAUUCUAUCUGCCUGAAAUGAGCAUAGCAUGUAAAAAGUUGUUUUUUUGCUGUGAUCAUGCCAAAACUAGAUAUGUGGAACUGCAUGUCCUUGUUAGUAUAAACCCUCAGGGAAUUGAAAUUUUUGAAGGGAUUUACAAUGAUUGGCUAUGUUCUGUAGAUUGUUCACUUUGAUUUGUUUGUUGAUCUGAUCAAAAGAGGGUUCUUAAACUAAAUGAUUGAUGUUGAGGAAACAUCCAUCUAGUGCAAUUCUCAUGUUUUUAGACAUCUAGUACUAGUACUACUUUUACCUGCAAGUAGUAUAAUUUAUAAAUUGCUUGAGGUAGUUGAUGUCAAAGGCUGUGGCUGUCUUGCAUGUCUGAUA